UGACGCCACGGCACUCUACCCGAGGGUGGUAAAGUGAGACUCUGUCUCUACAAAAAAAAAAAAAACGAAAAUUAAUAGGCCAGGCAGGUGGCUCAUGCCUAUAAUCCUAGCACUCUGGGAGGCCCAGGCAGAUGGAUUGCCCUGAGCUCACAAGUUCAAGACCAGCCUGAGCAAGAGCAAGACCCCAGUCUCUAAAAAUAGCUGAGCAUUGUGGCAGGCACCCGUAGUCCCAGCUACUUGGGAGGGUGAGGCCAGAGAAUGACUUGAACCCAAGAAUUAGAGGUUGCUGUGAGCUGACUCCACGGUACUCUACCCAGGGUGACAAAGUGAGACUCUGUCUCAAAAUAAAGAAAAUUAAUAAGUUAAGGCAAAAAAAUACAAUAAAAGGAAAACAAAAAUAAAAUAAAUGAAUAAGGAAGAAAGAACUGUGCUUGGUAAAGAGUCUAUUGUUCAAAAAUAAAAUAGAUUAUAAAAUAGACAUUUCUGGCAAAAAGUAAUUAAGAAAAAAAAAGACAUUCUCUUGGAUGUCUCAUAAGUAGUUCAAACUUAACUUACCAAAUCUCUUAUUUUCCUUUCAAAUACUUGUUUCUUUGCCAGUCUUAAAUCUCAAUAAAGAAUACUACCAUCUAAGUCAAAACCCAGGAGGUUUUUUUUUGAGACAGAGUCUCGGGUGGUGCCUGUGGCUCAAAUGAGUAGGGCGCAGGCCCCAUAUGCCAGAGGUGGCAGGUUCAAGCCCAGCCCCGGCCAAAAACUGCACAAAAAGAGAGAGACAGAGUCUCACUUUGUUGCCUUCAGUAGAGUGAUGUGGCGUCAUAGCUCACAGCAACCUCAAACUCUUGGGCUCAAACGAUUGUCUUAUCUCAGCCUGCCACGUAGCUAGGACUACAAGCACCUGCCACAACACCGUGCUAUUUUUAGAGAUGAGGUCUCGCUUUUGCUCAGGCUGGUCUCAAACUCCUGAUCUCAAGCAAUUCACCUGCCUUAGCAUCCCUGACUUCUAGGAUUACAGACGUGAGCCACCACACCCAGGCCCUAAGAGUUAUUCUUAAUAACUCUACUUCCCAUAUCAACGAACAUAUUUUUUUAAGUGGAGACAGAGUCUCACUAGGUCACCCUCAGUAGAGUACUAUGGUAUCACAGCUUACAGUAACCUCAAACUCUUGGACUUAAACGAUUCUCUUGCCUCAGCCUCCCCAGUAUAUAAUGAACAUUUAUGGAAUCAUCUCCCCAACAUUGUCUUCCUUUUUACUUGAAAACUGCUCCUUACUCCCACUCAGCAGUACUUUUUCUUUUUCCUUUUUUUUUUUUCCUGCUAUCCUUUCUUUGCUGCUUUUUUUCCCCUCAAGUGCAGAGUUGAGCUAGUCUAUUGUGCUAGUUUAUUCACACACUAUCAUCAACAAGGCCUUUCUCAUUUUAUCUUUUUUUUUUUAAUUUCAAUUUCUACUCAUAUUCCUUCCCUCCUUCCUUAGGUAGUGACUUUAACAUAUUGAUAUAUGUCUUUCAGUAUACAUGUAUUUUUUAAUAAUAUAUAAUAUUGUUUUAUGUAUGUGUGUUUUAAAUGUACAUAACUAAUAUUGUGUUAGAGGUCUCAUUCUGUUUCUUUUUCAUGUUUCUGUAAAUAUUUUUGACUAUUAUAUAGUAUUGUUUUAAAUAAUCUCACACCCUUGGCCACUGAUCCUGGGCCAAGAUGGUCCAGAGUCCUUACCCAGAAUAUUUUGAACUGAAACUGAGGAAGAAAGAAAAUUCCUCUCCAGCAUGGAAGCUGUAGAACGUAAAACACAGGAGCUGUCAGCAGCCACAUGUCCUGCCAUAUGGAACCAGCUGGUCUGCAAUGAAAAAGAAGCCGACUUGCAGAAAGCAGCAGAGAACCAUGUGUGCUCAGUACUGCAUCUCCUUUGCUGAUGUUGAAAAAGCUCAUAUCAACAUUCGAGAUUUUAUCCACCUUACACCAGUGCUAACAAGCUCCAUUUUGAAUCAAGUAACAGGACGCAAUCUUUUCUUCAAAUGUGAACUCUUCCAGAAAACUGGAUCUUUUAAGAUUCGUGGUGCUCUCAAUGCCAUCAGGGGAUUGGUUCCUGCCACUUUAGAAGGGAAGCCAAAAGCUGUUGUUACUCACAGCAGUGGAAACCAUGGGCAGGCUCUCACCUAUGCUGCCAAAUUGGAAGGGAUUCCUGCCUAUAUUGUGGUGCCCCACACAGCACCCAACUGUAAAAAACUAGCAAUACAAGCCUAUGGAGCAUCUAUAGUAUACAGUGGACAAAGUGAUGAGUCCAGAGAAAAUGUUACAAGAAGAGUUAUGGAAGAAACAGAAGGCAUCAUGGUACACCCCACACAGGAGCCUGCGGUGAUAGCUGGGCAAGGAACAAUUGCCCUAGAAGUGCUGAACCAGGUUCCUUUGGUGGAUGCACUGGUUGUACCUGUAGGAGGAGGAGGAAUGAUUGCUGGAAUAGCAAUUACAGUUAAGGCUCUGAGACCUAGUGUAAAGGUAUAUGCUGCUGAACCCUUGAAUGCAGAUGACUGCUACCAGUCAAAACUGAAAGGGGAACUGACCCCCAACCCUUACCCUCCAGAAACCAUAGCAGAUGGUGUCAAAUCCAACAUUGGCUUUAACACCUGGCCUAUUAUAAGGGACCUUGUAGAUGAUGUCUUCACCGUUACAGAGGAUGAAAUUAAGUAUGCAACCCAGCUGGUGUGGGAGAGGAUGAAACUACUCAUUGAACCUACAGCUGGUGUUGGAGUGGCUGCUGUGCUGUCUCAGCAUUUUCAAGCAGUAUCCCCAGAAGUAAAGAACAUUUGUAUUGUGCUCAGUGGUGGAAAUGUGGACUUAACUUCCCUAACUUGGGUAAAGAAGGCUGAAAAUGUAGCUACUUUUCAACCUGUUUCUGUUUAAUUUA